UGAAUAUGGAAGAACUUCAACUUCCACACGAUUGAAUUUGGGUAUACUAUUCAGAUUUAAAAAAAUAAGCUCUGCUAGUUCUCACACGAUGUGAUUGAGUUAGUUUGUAUUUUAAAUCCACGGACAAAUCGAGUUACAGUUGUUUACUGUUUCUAAUAAAUGACAGAACUCAUGAAACGACAAAAAUGUUGAAGAAUUCGGCUGCCAUUUUAAUGUUGAAGUCAAAAUUGGACAUGAGGUCUAAUGGUUGACGUGCGAAAGUUUUGGUCUGAUGGAGAGAGAGUCAUCUAAUACGCGGUGAGAGAGGAGAAUUAUGAUUUUAUUACAUAUUAUCAUAAUUACAGCAGAGAUAAAUACUUCUACUUGUACUUCCACGGCGAGACUUUUCCACGCAGCAUAAACUUCAGGCAACUUCAACGAUAAGUUUGCUCACUGUGCCCGCAUUUCUCGCUUCCUAAGCCGUCGGAUCAGACCCAGGUAAUGAAAAAUUGUGCUGCCUAAAUUCUGUGUUUAAAGACGGCCGCAAUUUAUCUGCAAAUCGGAUAUGGAUAUUUUGCAUUCAAGUUGCUUGGGCGCGGGAGUUGCCCAUUGCGGUCGUCAAAACUCUUCAGCGAGUUUAUGAGAAUGGCUGAUAAAUUAGGGUUCAAAGAUUGGCGGCAUUUUCUUUUAUAUUAUUUAGGGGAACAAUUCUCAGAUUUUUCAUGUUAUAGCUAGGGUUUGUUAUUUUUUCCAAUACCAGUGUAUAUUAUGGCUGGUGGGGCGCACGGGUCAAAGGCAGGCUCAGUUGUAUUAGCAGCCUAAGUUUGAAACUUAGAGCUGCUGGAGAAGAUCUUCAACAGGGAGUUUUAGGAGGAAUUACUCCAGUUCUGCCAAGGGUGAAAGCCCAAUAGUACCACUUUUGCGAAUUGGACAAGAGGGCUUGUCCUAUUCAAUUGAGAUGUUCCUGUAGCUGUGGUUGAGGAUUUCGUUUGAUGCUGAAUUUUAGGUAGAGUGCCAGAAUUUCAUCGGAAUUGCAGGUUUGCUGCCAAUGAAUUGAUUGUUUUAUUUUGCACUUGAUUCAGUAUCGGAGAUGAUCAAUUGCUGGACAUUCAAGGCCAUUGCAGUUGCCAUUUAUUGAUUCCAAUUGGUCCUGCGAUCAGUGACAUAUAUAUCCAGUUACCUGGCUCCAUAUUUUAUAGCUUUUAAAGUCGAAUUCGACUCUUCUGCAAGCUACUUAUUUUCAGAUGAUGACACAUGGAUAUCACAUGGGACCAUGAUUGAAGGAUCAUUGGGCCUUGUGCUAGUUUGAUUUGUGUUCUUAUCAGUAUUAAUCCACAUGAUUUGUGGAUAUUCCAUUCUCUGGUUUUGGCAUCUGAAGCUUGCAUCUCACGGCAGCAGCCAUUUCAUUCAUAGAAUCUUGAGCCCUCUUUUUGUGCUGAACUCUGGAGUCAACAGUGUAUAGUACUCCCCAGCUGCAAGUGAAUCUCAUCAUUUAAAGGAUAUUUGAUGGCACGGAGGCCACUUUCGGUAGGAAGUUUAUGAUUUCUUCAACAGGUUUUCUUUUUGUGAUCUCUAUUUUGGUGGCACGAACACAAACAGCUGGGCUACACUAGGGUUACCUGACGUUCUGUAUGAUGGGCACAGGCCUUGAACUGGUUCCUGUCGGUAUACUGGUAUCUCAAGUGUGUGAUCAGCUUGCCAAGAUUGCUCUUGCUGCACAAGAUAUACGUUCUGAGAAGAGUUUCAAGCAACUUGGAGAUUACUUAAAUAACAUAAGAAAGCUGUUGUCAAAAUUGGAUGCUCCCAAUGAAAGCCCGCUUCUUGUUGGGGCUUUGAAUAGUUUGAAAGGAGAAUUAGAUAAAGCAGAAAGGCUUGUACUCAGGUAUAGAGACAGUUCAUUUUUCUCAAAUAUAUUACAUUGUCGGUCAAUUUGUGACACACUUCAGAAGGCAAUGAGGGACAUAGGGAAAUCACUUCAGUUGCUAGGUGAUCUCUGCAAUGUCUAUGAUGUGGGGGUUAAGGAUUCCACAAGGAAUGCACUAAUGCUUUUGGAGAGUGAGAUGAUCCGAGCAGAAGUUCGUGUUUCUUCGGAGUCUCUGCAGAUAUUAGAUGCAUUGCAGGCUGCAAUCGUUGAAGAAAGAGCAGACCGGAUUAUGGCUGUUGAACUUUUGGAAAAAAUUGCAUAUACUCAUGGUGUGCUGCCUGAACCCAGAAUGAUGGACAGUGAACUUUCCAAAUUCAGAAAAGAUAUAGAAGAAGCAAAAGAGAGGAAGGAACGCCAAGAGGUAAAGUACAUGGAGCAAUUGCUGUCUCUUCUUUCUCUUGAAGAUUCUGCACUGGAAUUGGAAGCCUCCGAAAGAAACUACAAAGAGCUGAAACAUGAAAUUAUUGAUUCUGUAGAAAGUUUAUCUGUAAAUGAACCUUCAUCACAGUUCAUAUGCUCUCUAACAAGACAAGUUAUGGAUGAACCAGUUAUACUAAAAGCUAGUGGCAAGAGCUAUGAACGAAAGGCUAUCCAAACUCGUUUUGAUGCACAUGAUUUUACCGAUCCUGCUUCUGGUCAGCCUCUUCAGGAUCAUGAUCUGAGGCCAAAUUAUAUAUUGGCUCGUGCCAUAAAGGUAUGGAGACAGCAAAAUUGUGCUGCCCGAAUAAUUCAAGCAAGGAAUAAAUUGGAAACAGAUCAGGAAAGAGCUCUUAAUGAUCUGAUGUCUCUUUGCAAGGAAAAUCCUGAUUGUAAAGACUGGAUUGUUUUUGAAGGUCUAGUUCCAAUUAUUUUGGAAGUGGUAAGGGCUCGGAACAAGGAAUUAAGAGUGCUGUGCUUCUCUACACUAGAAUUAGUUGUUAAAGACAGAGAUCAUGCCAAGGAUAAGCUACUUCAAUCUAGAGGGCUAAAAUAUAUAGUUAAAAAUUUAUCAGCAGGUGGACAUUCUGUUUCAAGGGCAGCCAUAUCACUGCUGUUAGAAUUUAUCAAGAACAAAAGUGUUGUUCUCACUCAGUUUGGUCAGGAGCGUGGUGCAGUCUUGUUGCUUGUAACGGUUUUAUUAAGAGGCGACCAUGCAGACAGGGGAUCAGAAAUUGAGCAAAUGCUGGAUAAGCUGGCAGACAAUCUGGGAAACAUUCAAGCUAUGGUGAUGGGAAACUGGUGUAAACCAUUGGUUGAUCGCCUUUGCAGGGGGUCAGCUGAAUCUAAAAUGGAAAUGGCGAAAGCACUUGCAAAAUUUGACCUUGAUGACAGCCGAAGAGAGUCAUUAAUUGAUGCACAUGUGAUAGAGGCUUUAGUUGACAUCCUGAAAUCAAGGCAACUUGAAUCAAAGCUUGCAUCUCUUAAAGCCUUGGAAAAGCUUUCAUGCCAUGACAAAGCCAAAAGGCACUUUGUAGAAUCUGGUGCAGUUCCUUGGGUAAUUGAUUCUGUACACAGGUCAGAGCAAAGAUUGAAGAGCAGUGCUGUGGCUAUUUUAGCAGAUUUAACAGCAAACCAUGGGGAAAGUUUUCUGGUGGAUGCAAAUGGAACACCAAUUCAUAUCAAAGAGAUAGUGGAAUUAGUUAUUGAAAUUAUAAGGUCUUUUGGCAAUUUAACAUUGAGAACAAAUUCAGCUAAGGUCCUCCUGAAUUUGGCAGCACCUACCGAUUCUCAUGAUGUCAGAAAAAUAAUAAGCUCCAGUGAUCAGUGUCUUGCAACCUUUUUGCAUUUGGCCAAAGUUGCAGAGCCCUCCCUACGGGAUGUUUCUGUACUAUUGCUGUUUUCCUUGUGCAGCAAUGACACGGAUGCUGUGUCUUUUGUCAGUGAUGAUAGGGACUUCUUAAAAGCACUCCUGUUUUUAAUUAAAGAGGAUUCGGUCAAGAUGGACUUACGGGCAGCGGCGGCAGGAAUUUUUUCAAGCAUUCCGUCUAACAAUACUGUAGACAAGUUAAUGAUUGGUGAAGAUGCAUUUCCAGCAUUAGUAAAGAUGAUUUCUGGGAAAGAUUUGGAAGGCCAAGAAUAUGCUCUUGGAGCUCUGAUAAGAUUUACUACUUCGGAGCAUGUUGAAGCAAAACGAGUCUUGAUAGAAUUAGGUUUAUUUGAUCAUCUUAAACAAGUAUUGCAAUCUGGCAGAAAAGGAGCAAAAAUCAAGGCAUGCAUAGCCUUGACAAAUAUUUCCAGAAACACUCCAAGGUUAAGCAUAGAGCCUCAAAGGAGGAGUUUCAGACUUAGCAGGAAAUCUUCUAUCAAAUGCAAGGUUCACGGUGGGAGGUGCAGUUUGAAAGACACUUUCUGCAUUGUGGAGGCAGGAAUAGUUCCAGAUAUUGUGGAAACUCUGAAAGACCAUGAUGCAGGUGUUGCUUUGGCUGGGAUGGAGGUUUUGGAAACACUGUUAGAGGGAGACAUGCUUAUAAAUGGGGUACAAGUCUUGCAUCAGUUUGAAACCAUAGAACAUCUUUUUCCUUUGAUAAACUUGAAUUCUUGUAUAUGUUCAGAGAAGUGCGUUGAUCUGUUUGAUAUGAUCCUGAAGGUGUCAGAAAUGAAGGAAAAAUAUGGACAAAGAGUUCAAAGAACAUUGACAAGUCUUUUGGCAAGCAGGAAUUCAUCACUAAAGCAAAAGGCGUGCAAACUAUUUAGGGAGAUUGCAGACUAGUAGUGACUAUGUUAAUUGUGAAAGUUUCCUUUGUGAUCUGUCCUAAUCUGUCUAAUUUCAUCCUAAUAUCUUAGGAGAGAUGUGGGGCCCAUUUGAAUUGUAAUGAUUUCUAAACACAGUGUUUUACGGGUUCAUCUAAGGCAUUCGUUUCACGCCAUGGGACAGACGACACUGUAAUAUAUAAUAUUUCACUGUCCAAAGGUAGGAAAGCUUUUGACAGUAGGCUAAGUGCUGUUUCACUUUUUGCACAGUAGAACGGUAAUGAUUUGUGACAUAAGGGUGUGAUUAUUUCAAUCUUUAUUUUUAUAUUAAGGGGUCUUCCAGAAAAUAUCUUCUUGAUAA